UUCCUCAAACGAAAUGAAUGAACUGAUGAUCGAAUUGAUGUGGUUUGCACAUUUCGCCACCGAGGGGCGCUACCGUCGUUUAGCUGCACCCGGGCCGGUCUUGCAGGUGCUGCUUUCCGAGCACUUCCGCUUUCAGGCGCAGGAAUUCGCAGCCAGUAUGACGUCAGCGAUCCUGCAUUUUUCGGUCUUAUUUUUCACCGGGAGCGACUUGUGGCGGAGCGUAAUUCCACACGGACGCCGCUUUUCACAGUAUGCAUCGGUUGUAAAAUAUAUAUUUAUAAAAAAAUAAAAGAAAAAAAGAAUAACGACGACGUUCGCUUAGUAGAGGCAAUGGAAGCGACAGAAGUUACGGAGGAGUGUUAUUGUGCGGGCUGCGGAGCGAGAGUCCUCGAGCCGUUCCGCAUGAAGGUGCUGCGGGACACUUGGCACGGCGCCUGCUUCCAGUGCUCGGUGUGCCGUGACCAUCUGACCAACUGGUAUUAUGAGAAGGACGGGAAGCUGUACUGUCGCAAGCACUACUGGGAGAAGUUCGGGGAGCUGUGUCACGGGUGCGCUCUGCUCAUGACCGGACCUGCCAUGGUGGCCGGAGAGCACAAGUAUCACCCGGAGUGCUUUGUGUGUCUCAGCUGCAAGGUGGUGAUUGAGGACCGGGAUACGUACGCCUUAGUCGAGCGCUCCAAACUCUACUGCGGGAAGUGCUACAAGCAGGUGAUCCUCACGCCCAUGCUGGAAAAGCGCUCGCACGACUCCGUCCCGGACUCCCUCCCCCACACGGUGACGCUGGUCUCCAUGCCGUCGGCGGCCAACGGCAAGAGGGGCUUCUCCGUGUCGGUGCUGCGGGACGUCAACGGCUCGGCGAGCGUGCAAGUCAAAGAGGUCCGAGGGAUGCUCAUAAGUCCCGAGGUGCGGAAUGCCAUCCACGUCGGGGACAGGAUCCUGGAGAUCAACGGCGUGCCGGUGGGGACGCUGCUGGAGGAAGAGGUGGACGACCUCAUUCACCGCACCGGUCAAACGUUGCAGCUGCUUUUGGAGUACGACCCGGUGAGGCAACGUUUGGACCGACUCCGCCUGGAGUCGUCCAGGGACGCCCUGGGAGCGCCGGCGACGUCCCGCAUGCGCUUGUCGUCGCCGUCCAACGCGGUUCUGGAGAGAACCCAGGUGGACCACGGCACGCUGAAGAGGAGAUCUUUGAGACGAAGUAACAGCAUAUGCAAGUCGCCCGGGCCCAAUUCCCCCAAAGAAGAUCUUUUCAUCACCCGGGACAUCGGACGCUCCGAAUCUUUGAGGUCGUCCAGCAGCUGCUCCCAUCGCAUCUUCAGGCCGUGUGACCUCAUCCACGGCGAGGUUUUGGGAAAAGGCUUCUUCGGACAGGCCAUCAAGGUGACUCAUAAAGCCACGGGGGAGGUGAUGGUGAUGAAGGAGCUGCUGCGCUGCGACGAGGAGACCCAGAAAACCUUCCUGAAGGAGGUCAAAGUCAUGCGGGGGCUGGACCACCCUCACGUCCUCAAGUUCAUCGGCGUACUGUACAAGGACAAGCGGCUCAAUCUGAUCACGGAAUUCAUUGAAGGCGGCACCCUCAAGGACUUCAUCAGGGACACGGAUCCGUUUCCAUGGGAGCAACGGGUGAGCUUUGCAAAGAGCAUCGCGUCUGGCAUGUCUUAUCUACACUCCAUGAGCAUCAUACACAGAGACCUCAACUCUCACAAUUGCCUGGUCAAACUGGACAACACUGUGGUCGUCGCCGACUUCGGGCUGUCCCGACUGAUCGUAGAAGAAAAAGUCAAGCCUUCGCCCGAGAAGAACUCCGCCAAGAAGAGGGUGUUCCGCCGCAUCGACCGGAAAAAACGGUACACCGUGGUCGGAAACCCGUACUGGAUGGCUCCAGAGAUGCUGAACGGUAAACGCUACGACGAGAAGGUGGACAUCUUCUCAUACGGAAUUGUCCUUUGCGAGAUCAUCGGAAAGGUCUACGCCGACCCGGAAUGUCUCCCCAGAACUCUGGACUUCGGUCUGAACGUGGGGAAGUUCGUGGAGAAGUUCCUCCCCGAAGACUGCCCGCCGGCGUUCUUCCCGCUGGCCGUGGCGUGCUGCGACCUCACACCGGACAACCGUCCCGCAUUCCAGAAACUGGAGGACUGCUUCAAAGCGCUGUCCCUCAACCAGGAGCUGGGCAUCCCGCUCCCGUCCGAACUGGACGAGCUCCAUCAGAGUCUCAGUCGGCUCCACUGGCCCAAAGACGGUUCUUCACCGGACGAGCCCCAGGCGGCCACUCCGGACUGUUCCGCUUAGGAGCCGGCUAUCUUUUUUCCAGCCGCGCAGCCCCUGUCACCUGCUCCGACGGGGGGGGGUUGGGAACCGCAAGGACCCGGAGAACCUGCUGGGGCCGCUCUAGUAUGUGGUGGCGGGGAAGGUUCCAAGUUUACGGGGUUACAAAUUUUUCCACCUCCGCGGAGUCAGGGUAUACCGAUACUUGGUUUUGGGUUUUGUUUUGUUUUUUUUUUUUUUUUUGCGGGUCCAACGCAAGCCGCAUCGCGGCCGCAGCACAUGAAUUUUCUCACAAAUGAUGAAUUUGCCGCCUAAAAUUUGGAUUCCAGGCACGUGAAAAAGUUGUUUCUCGAGUUUUGCACUUUGUACCACUUUGUCCCGCUCCGUUUAGUUUUUUGUUUUUUUUUUUUUGUCGCCUAAACUCUCACCGAGGUCACGUUUUCCAUACACUUGCUGCUGUUUUAUAGUUCUCAAAAAAGGGCUCGUUUGUGAUGACUUUCAAACCUAUUUUGUACUGGAGAACUGGAUUUUUUUUUAUAUAUAUUCUCAUCCAUAUCAUGUAGAUAUUGUACAUAAGGCUGGAUUUUAGGUCUUUGUUUUUUUUUUUUUAAUCAGGAACUUUUAGAUUGUAGACAUUCCAAUCCGACGUGUGUGUUGAUCUGCUAUUUUAUUAGCCGUCGUCGUAGCGUCAAGGUACUGACGGCUGUUACCGCUAAUAUUUAAUAAUUGAUAGUUUUCCCGAAAUAAACCCGCAGCUGCUUAGCACUGUUAUCGUUCAUUUUUGGGGUUUGUGGUUUUUUUUUUUUCAUGGGUAAAAUAAACAUUUUCUUCCAAGAACACAAAACUAAAAUGAUAACGUGUUCACGUACAGUUGAAGGCAGACGUUUACGCCCACCGUGCAAAAACACGCAUUUCAUUUUUUUUUUUUUUGUCUCACCGUCUGAAGUCACAUCAGACUAAACCUCAGCUGUUUCAGGUCAGUCAGCAUCGCCGAAAUUAUUUCAUUUUGUUAAAUGCCACAAUAAUGACAGACUUUUUUUUUUUGGACAAUUUUUUCAUUAUUAUUAUGAGGAUUUUUUUUGUUUGUUUCUUUACGACUAAUGGCUUCAUUCUCAGUGAGUGACCUUUCACCCCAUGUCGGUGCAGGACUCGUUUGACUGGAAAAUAAUGAUACUUCGUUACCAGCUUCAUCCAGCAUCUUCAUAAGGUCUUUAGUUUUUGUGCACUUCAGAUCGAUAAACAUUCGUCUCUGGAACACACAAGCCCGUAUUCUUCCCGAACAAUCUGAGGCUGGACAUUCCCGUGCAUAUAAUUGUAACAUGGUGGUACCUUCAAGCAUUUGGAAAUUGCACCCAAGGAUGAGCCAGACUUGUGGAGCGCCACGAUUCUUUCUCUGACUUCUCUGGCCGAAUUCUUUUGAUUUUCCCAGAGAUUUUAAAGAACGAAGCAGAGUUUUUGAAGUGUGGCCUGAAAUCCACCUCAGGUGUGCUGUCAAUUAACUCGCAUGUUGUCAGUUAACCUAUCAGGAGCUUCCGAAGCCAUGACAUCAUCUGAGAUUCCAUGUGUUUUUGAGGACAUUCUACUUUUUCUAAAUGUAAACUUUCCACCUCUAUCCAUCCAUUUUCUUCACCGCUUAUCCUGACAAGGAUCGCGGAGAGUGCUGGAGCCUAUCCCAGCUGUCAGCGGGUAGGAGGCAGGGUACACCCUGAACUGGUUGCCAGCCAAUCGCAGGGCACAUGGAGACAAACAGCCAAUCGCACUCAGAAUCACGCCUAAGGGCAAUUUAGAGUGUCCAAUUAAUGUUACCUAUUUUGGGAUGUGGGAGGAAACCGAAGUGCCAGAGAAAACCCACGCAGGCACGGGGAAAACAUGCAAACUCGUCACAGGUGGGGCCGGGAUCAAACCCAGGACCUCAGAACUGUGAGGCCAACGCUUUACCAGCUGGGCCACCGUGCUGCCCGAUUUGUAUAUUUCAGACCAGAAAACGAUCUCUGGGACACAGAGCCCAUCUCCUCCCUGAACAUUCCCAUGCAUAUAAUGGUAAUAUGGUGGCACCCUCAAGCAUUUGGAAAUUGCACCCAAGGAUGAACCAGACUUGUGGAGCUCCAUGAUUCUUUCUCUGACUUCCUUGCCAAAUUCUUUUGAUUUUUCUCAAGAUUUCAAAGAAGGAAACUUAAUUUUUGAGGUGUGGGCUUAAAUUCACCCCCAGGUGUGCUGUUAAUUAACUCAUGUUGUCAGCUAACCUAUCAGGAGCCUCCUAAACCAUGACAUCAUCAUCUGGGCUUCCCCUUGUUCUUUCAGUACUUUUUGUAAAUGUAAACUUUUGACCUCAACGAAAAUAAUAGAAAACCCUUAUGAUAUUGAAUCAUUAUUGUGGCACUUAACAAUAUGAAAUAAUUUUCGGGAUCAUGGCUUACCGGAAACAGUCGAGAUUUAGUCUGAUUUUACGUCAGACAGCAAGAUAAUAAAAAAAAAAAAAAAAAGUGAAUUGUGCGUUUUUUUUGCACAGUGUAUUUAAACGGCUGACUUCAGCUGUACAUAUUUCCAUUUUGAGACUGGACCAUAGCACACUUUAUGACUAUUUUCAUGUUUUACUUUGAAGUGAUAUACUGUGAUACUCUUCUUUUGCAUGUCAAUCUUGACUCGUUUAAACAAAAAAACGCAUCACUAUUGGUGACGUGGCGUAGGUCAUUAGUCGUGGUUUUUAAAAUCCUAAUUCGUGACCAUUUGUUGCGUAUUUAUUUUAGUCAUGACAAAAUGUUUCACUAAAUACAUGCUAUGUUGUGGAAUAUAUUUCUUUUGAUUGCAUUUUUAUGUUCACACUAAGUUUAACUUGAAUUAUUUUUUUUUCCACUGUUGACCUCAGGUCACUGCAAAUGUGUAGCUUCGAAUGACCAGCAGGGGGAGUUAAAGGUUUCCAUGUUGAUUAAUCCUGCAGUCAGUAUGAAUUUCGACAAAUGAAAUAAAACAUUCCAGUAUC